UUGAAUCGAGAUCGUUCGGAGCAGUGAGGUCUCACGGCUUCGUAACAACACUCAGGUCCGUUAUGUCCAACGAAGACCUAAUUUCAGUGGAUUAUGAAAUUUUUGGCAGAGUGCAAGGUGUAUUUUUUCGCAAAUACACUCAAGCAGAAGGGAAGAAGCUUGGCCUGGUUGGAUGGGUCCAAAACACAGGGGCAGGAACUGUGCAGGGGCAGCUCCAAGGCCCACGCAGCAAGGUGAAAGAAAUGGAAGACUGGCUGAAAUCCACCGGGAGCCCCAAGUCACACAUAACCAAGGCAGAAUUCAAGAAUGAGAAAACAGUCGAUAGCCUUGAACACUCCUCUUUUAACAUAGUGAAAUAAAACUCAUAGAUUGUGUCUGUUAGGCAGAUGUGUUAUUUAUUUAGUCAUUUUUUAUUGGUUGGAAUGCAACUCAUAAUUAAUUGAAAAUAUGUGUGUAUGUGAGGUCCCCUUAACAUCUACAUUAUAUGGGAUUACAUUAAUAAAAAAUC